AUGGUCCGAGGUACACGGGACGGGGAGAAGGAGCAGCUCUUCGAUCAAGCAGAGGACGAGCCACGGCCUUCGUGGCUCGGAGCUGAACGCGAGCCGACGGUUCUCUUGCCGUCACAUAGCUACAUUGCGUGCUUUCGCGACAACCAGUGGCAACGGAUGCCGAUGAAUUUGCUCGUCGAGGGCGACGUUGUGGGGCUCAUGAGUGGGGACAUUGUCCCGGGCGCCGUUCGGUCCGUAGAAGGCAGUGCAAAUGAAGAACAGCAAGUGUACCCGCGAGGACGUAAGCUACCGCCGUGGACUCGGAAACAGGCGAAAGACACGACAAGAUGCACUGCAACGUUUGACCCGCCGCUGCUGCUCGAGCUGUGUGGGGAGAUGCGGAUUUUCGAAAUGAUGGAGACGCCCGUGGUACGAGACAUCGAAGAUGCUUUGUUUCGGAUCAACAGGCCCGUCACACCGACACAAAAGCUGCAGACUCUUGCAAGACUCGUGGCCGCGCGCGUUUGCAUGUGGUACUCCGUGUUGCUGCUUGCUGCAAUUGGACUGCGUGCAGUCGUGCAGCAUCGGUCUCUCGACGUUACUCUCGCGCACAUUCUUAUGGGGCCGAUAGGCAUCUGGCUUUGUUUCGCUUCACUCAACACACCGUUGGUUCUGUUUGUUGCCGAGGCAGCUGCCACUGCUUCUAUCUUGGGCUCAUUCGAUGACAUUUUGGUCCCGACAGAAUUCAAGAAGCAGAAAGGGUCGAAGAAAGCAAGUGACAGCAAUGCAGACGGAUCUAUUAAGGAGCAAGUAAGUGUACAAGCAAAGACACCAGACGUGAACAGCGAAACAUCGAAAGUGCUCAAGAACAAGGCGGGCUUUGACGCGUACACUUCUCGCGUUGACAGCGCGAUGGCAUCGAUUCUGAAAGCGACAGCGCUCGUACCACCCGAUAUGUACGACGUCGAUGACCGAGAAAAACUGCGCUCGGAAAAAGCUGAAAAGCAAUCUGCCGUGACACGGUCGCUUCAGUACUUUUUGGUCGUACUUCGAUUUCGUAUAAUGCGGUGUGAUCGCGCACAUGUGUCCGACCGGCGACACCUACCGGUACCUUUCCGCUCUUUCCGGCUGCUCGAGCGGUUGGGGAACAUCACGAUGCUGUGUUGUUUUGACGAUGAUAUUUUGUGCGAGCAGACACCAUCAGUGGAAGAGAUCUUUCUGCUCAAUGAGAAACAGAACAACAAUUCGACGGUUCUGGAUCUGCAUGCUGAGCGCAAUUGCGACACAGGACUAAAGUUUGAGGACCCAAAAUGGAAGCAGCACUUAGCAUCGCUUAAGCCAAUUGGAUUGGCAAUCAUGGUGAACGAUGACGAAAACCCAGCCCGACACUACGAUGAAAACAUGCGUUAUCUUGUAAAUGAGAGGCUUUGUCCGGUUGAUGACGAAGACACGCGUGAUCCGUCUUUGCGAAGCUGUAUGCAACGUCUCGCAGCUCAUAUCCGGAUGUUGCCAUUUCCAAAGUAUCUGCUAAAUCUCUCUCGUGAAAUGGGCUUUUGCGUCGCGGAGGACUUGACGAUGUUCGAAAGACGCCAAUCUGUUCACAUAAUCUGUCCUCGUCUCGCGCAUCAUGAACACACGAACGAUCAUCAUGACCAAGGCCAGGAAGAUACGCGAUACCGGGGCAAUCUGAAAUCGCAUCUCUAUUCGACAGUCAUUCUCGACAAGCGUUCCAAUCGCCAUCAGCUACUGUCACGUGGUCAUCCGACUGUUGUGCUUGCUCAUUGUAGUGAAUACUGGGACGGCAAGUCCAUAUGUCCACUGACAAGCGAGAAACAACGCAUGAUUCUUGACAUGUACAAUCAGUGGCGCGUCGAGGACCUGGAUUGCGUCGCUUUCUCGUAUGUUCCCGUCCCUCACAAGCUCAAUCAUCUUUUUAGCCAGACUGGAUUCAACAGCAACACACACAAUGGAUGCUCGACUCUCGGUCUACCAAACCGAUUUGAAGGUAAAAUGCCACCUGUGUAUCUUGUGGACGACAGUACGACGAGCGGGUUGAACUCCCCGCACUCACCCAUACGACGAAGCAGUAUACCUUUCUCCAGCAACGUGAGUGAAGACCAAGGAUGUGGACACGAAAACAGACGCCAGAGGCAUUCCAUCAAUCCAGCGUCACCACUAGUUUCGCCGAACUCAGCCGACGGCACGCCGAUAGACCAGGACCCGGUGCCUGGUAAGCAACCAGCUAGGUCAAUGGAAGUCCCGCCAAGUGGGCAAGUAACGCCGCCUGUCAGACGCCGCGGGAUCCUGACGUUCAGCGACUUUGAGUCGUCAGCGGGGCCGCAGCCAUCCGAAACGAGCUCUGCUGAGAAAGAGUCCAGGCUUUGGCACAUUCAAGAUAAUCAGAUCUUCUUGGGUAUGGUCGCAACAGGAGUCCAACCGAAGCAACAUACUCCUGACUUUAUCGAAGACUUGAAUGCGUGCGGUGUUCGCUUUGUGUACUUUUCUCCGCGCAACAUGCGCAGGAGCAAACUGCUUGCCGAAAAGAUGGGCAUCGAGACAGACUGGAAUUGUGCUAUUUCGCUGCGCUCACUUGACAGUGACGACCCCGAUCCUCACCGCAUGACUUCAAAUUACUCGGACUGGGACGUGAAAGCCCGCUUGCCACAUGGCGUGGAGGCUAUCAAGCGACAUAUUGCUGAAGUGGACAACGUGCCGUUGUUAGUGUCGCUAUAUACGGACAGCACGCCCGAAACGAUCAGCGAGAUGAUUUCCAUUUUCCAAGAAAAUCAUGAAGUGGUAAUGGGUGUUGGCUCGUCCUUGAAGGAGAGCAACGCGCCUUUAUUUUCGAAAGCAGACUUGGCGGUGGCAUUCCAGGGAGGAGUACAAGCAUUCUUUGAUAAGUCAAUUCCUUGUGGAAAAGAGCUGCCCGUGCUUUCCGAUGAGGACAUUCAGUUCAGCCACAUUCUCAACUCGCUAGCGUGUGCCUUCCGCUUGAAGAGCGCGUCAGAUGACGCGGAAAGUCACGAGAAGGGAAGCGCAGAUUUUACUGGCAGCAACGACGAUGCCACUAGGGGCGGAACAGCUAGUGUGGCUCAUUUGAUCGAACUUAUUCGACUGGGACGACGUAUGCUUACGAAUUAUUACCAGAUGAACGCGUUCAUCUUCGUCUCGCAGCUUUUCAUCGCCACGAUCGUUCUCGUCUCGUAUGCCGUACCGUUCCCGCACUUACCGCAGCUGAGCUGCUCCUCAAUGUUUUGGCUGUUGUGGGUUUUGGUUCCAGUACUCGGUCUCUCAAUGCUUGCGUCAGCAUGUGAGAAAGACGUGAUGAAAAAGACACCGCGUAAGAACGAAGAAAUUGAUAUGGAAGAAGAUCUGCCACGAUUGAUAGGAUACUUCGUCGUGCGUCAUGUGCCGUCAGCACUGCUAUCCAUUGUUGUGUUCGAGUGCUUGCUUGGCUUUUCUCUUCAAGCAUCACACAUUUAUAAUCCAGACGCUUUCGGAGUCAAAAAAUUCCACGACUUCCAAUGGACCGAUUUCCUCUGUGAUUACGAACUCGAGACGAUGAGGCCACGGCGAGCUGCUGUUGUUGCCGCAGUGGAUCGCGCCGAGGCCGGUAUGCUGCUAUCGAUUGGUAUCUGUAUUGUAACUUCAUCGUGCGAAUAUCUGUAUCGAUGUGAGAGCAUUUUGAAGGUAUCCCCGUUUCGAAACAUCAUUUGGGUGGCCGUGUCGACUGUGAUGCUGUGCUUGCACAUCUUGCUUUGCAUCUUUCGCGCGGGAAUCGUCGGUCCCGACGGAGUCACUCUAUGGCAAUUCGUGAGCCAGUCAGUCCCACGGAUGUUUUGGAUUGUGAUAUUAGGCUUGUGGCCGCUGGUCGUUAUUUGCGUGGACGAAGCAGUCAAGAUGCAUGACAAACGACACCUCGUUCGUUACAAUAAAUUUCUGCGAAUGCAGUUUGACACGCGGCUCGGAAUGUGGAGCCCCAAAUAA